UUAAAAAUUUUAAAUGUAAGGGAAAAAUCAAUAUAGAUAAGAGGGGAGGGAAGGUAAAUAAAUAAAUAGGACAUGUGGAAGUGGAAGAGAUUAUGUAAAAUACUUCCUUAGAUGACAAAAACUAUUUCAAAGACUAUAAUGCUGGCUGUGUGCCACAGACCUCAGGUAUUAUAAGUGAUCCCUCACCUAUUUCAUAGUGUUUUUACUCUUGCCUUCUGAAGGAUGGCAGAAAAAAAAAUUGGACCCCUUUAAAAAAAGAAGAUACUGCUGUGCUGUUUUCAGGAUUUUUUGUUUAAACUGUGAGUCCUCAUAAUAUAUAUAAGAGUUUUUUUACUAUGUUUAAAAGGCAGCUGGCUCUUUUAUGUGUCCUUUUGUAGCUACUUUUAAUUUAGAAAUCAUAGCUGCCCUUACAGAUGUGACCCUGGACCACAAAACUAGCCACAAGGGUCAAUUUAAUAAAUUUAGAUUUAUUAUUUAAUAAAUAGGCUUUCCAUUGAUAUAUGGUUUGUUACGAUAGGACAAUAUUUGGCCGAGAUAAUCUGGAAUCUGAGGGUGGAAAAAAAUCAAAAUAUUGACAAAAUCACCUUUAAAGAUGUCCAAGUUCUUAGCACUGCAUAUUACUCAUCAAAAAUUACGUUUUGAUAUAUUUAUGAUAGGAAAUUUACAAAGUAUCUUCAUGGAACAUGAUCUUUACUUAAUAUCCUAAUGAUUUUUGGCAUAAAAGAAAAAUCAAUCAUUUUGACCCACACAACUUAUUGUUGGCUACUGCUACAAAUAUACCUGUGCUACUUAAACAAUAAAAAUAUUUAUUUUUGAUAAGGGAUUUUUUCCCCCCUCUGUGUACAUUGAGAGGCUGGUGCGUAAUUUAAACAGAAGGGGGCGCAGUUUCCCUAAAAAUAGCUAGUGGAGAAACCGUAGCGCUCUGAGUAAUUAUUUAGGUUGUUUUGGUAAGAAAAUAUUUAUUGAAAGAUGAAAUGGUUAAUAUUUCUCUAUUUACAAUGAAAAAAAAAAUUGCUAUAUGGUUAUGUCCAGUAAAUGUACCGCUCAGAGCUCAUAACUUAUAAUGAAGCAGAAAUGAUUAGCACUGUCAUCACUUUGUUCUGCAUUCACAGCCUGUGGUGCAGUUUGUGCCUGAAAAUAAGCUGCUCAAACAUAAUAAACAAAGCAUGUAACACACCAUGGAAAAGUAAAUUCAGCCUGUUUAAUUAUAUUGCAUGAUAAGCGUUGGAUUAUGUGUUGCUUUAAUUAUAUUGUGUAACAGUAGGCCUAUAUUAACAGAGUUGCAAAGUUGCAUCUGCAACUUCCUAGCCAUACAGCGUGAUUAAGCAUCAAAAGCGAGUUUCUGAGCUGUUUCGUUCGUGAACAAGUCUGUAUUUUUGAUCGAAUCUUUUGAGUGAACGAAUUCAACUGAUUCAUAUUUGUAUCACUCGUCGAUAUCACUGAGCAAAUCAGUGUCUAAAUGACUCUACUUGGAACAUCUCGCUUUUAAAAGAAAUGAACAAGGGAAGAGAAUGUUUAAAUAAUAAAUCCUUUGAAAAUCUUAAAUGUGUGGUAUAUUAUCUUUAAGGAAAUGGCAUUUAAAGCGAAACGCUUUUAAUGCUUAAACUUUCUCUGGUCUCUAAAAUUUGUACGUGACGCAAAUGGCCACUAAACGAAUCUAUUUGGUCAAAGAUUCAAAGGAAUCGAUUCACCGAAUCAAAAUCACCACUAUUUCUGAGUAAGCAAGCUAACUGGUUUUGAAGCACAGCCACUUGCAACCGUGGACCUACAGGUUAGACCGCUUUAAACCCUACCGGGAAGCUGUCAGUCUGAAGGAGGGCGGUUUCGGACUGUCGGGUUGAGUAAGUGACGGUAAAUGGAGUCCUUCCAAGAAGCGCAGUAGAAGCGAUGCCACCGGUUUGUCUCCGAUCAGAACUUGUUCGGGGGGUUGUAGUCAAUUUUAUUUGAUCGCUGAGCAAUCAAUCAGCAGCAGCGGAGGUGAAGACGCCGGGGUGCUUUGUGCUGUGACUUCUGUCAAAUAGGCUCUUUCCAGCUUGUCUGUGUUGUGAGCUCAGGCGGACCGCCUCUCCACCCACCUCAAGAUGCACAUGAAUAGCUUAUUAAACCAGUGCACGGAGAUCUCCAGGAUGUGUGAGGUGGACGUUUCGUCUGAGCCCACUAGCCCGACACUGUAUAGAGAGUCUUCUGAUACAUACUGCCAUGUGGACCGCUGGCAGAAGCUACGCACAGCCGUCCGCAAGCUGGAAUUCUGGGAGAACUUCACACAUGAGCUGAUUGGCAGUGGCUUCUUCUCAAAGGUUUAUAAGGUAAUCCACAAUACCACACGGAAGGUGAUGGUUGUAAAGAUCUACAAGAAUGAUGUUGAUCAGGACAGCAUUGUACGAGAAAUCAGCCUCCUGCAGAAACUCUCACACCCUAACAUAGUGAGGUAUCUGGGUAUUUGUGUCAAAGAGGACAAAUUGUACCCAAUUCUGGAGUACGUCAGUGGAGGAUGUUUAGAGGAGCUGUUGGCCAGGAAAGAUGUGCCUCUGUGCUGGAGAGAGAAAGUGGACCUGGCCUCUGACAUCACCAGAGGGAUGAUUUACCUCCACUACAAGAACAUCUACCACAGAGAUCUGAACUCUAAGAACUGUCUAAUAAGGGUGACAGCAAGAGGCAGAGAAGCUCUAGUUACUGAUUUUGGUUUGGCUCGAGAGGUUGUUGAACUUCCUGCAAAGGACCGAAAGCUUUCACUUGUGGGCUCUGCUUUCUGGAUGGCCCCUGAGAUGCUGCGUGGGGAGCCCUACGACCGCAAGGUGGAUGUGUUCUCUUUUGGAAUUGUUUUGUGUGAAAUUCUGGCUAGGAUCCCAGCAGACCCAGAAAUCCUUCCAAGAACACAGGACUACGGCCUGGACGUAUCAGCAUUUGGGAAAAUGGUCAGUGACUGUCCUCAGCGUCUUUUGGAGCUGGCAGCCAGCUGCUGUCUGAUAGAGGCUUUCCGAAGACCCUCUUUCGCAGAGCUUCAAGACGAGUUGGGUGAAAUUGCUGAGACUUUGGAGUCUCCUCACAGUGAUCUCACCACAGGCUGAUCUGCGGCACAUCCUCUGGUAUCCCAUCAGCCCUGCAAAUGGACACAAGCAGCUGGAGUUCUGUACAUAGACUUAAGCACAACGACAAAUGCAGCAGAACUGCAGAUUUUUCUAGGCUGUUUGCAUUGAAAGAGCAAAUCAAGGAAGAGGUCUCUAUUUAUUAUGGACGUUCUGAAGUAACUAAAUGGCCUACAGUUCAACUCCGCACAGCUGUACAUAGUAUAUACUGUGCAAUAUAUAGUAAUAGUACACCAAGAGAAAUAUUGUAUCAGGUUCCAGCUAAAGUAUUUAGCUGUUUGCAUUGUCAUUAUUUACAAAGCUACAGAUUUUCAAUAUUGCUAUUUCGGUUUUGUAUAUGAAUCAUUUUAUACUGAAAAACAACCCUAAGAUAGGUUUUAAAGCUUAGAUAACCAUUGAUUAACUUGAGGGUCACAAGUUUUAAAUAAUCAAAUAAUAUUUUCGUAGUAUUCAGUAUAUUGAUACUUAAGGUAAAUUGUACAAGAGAAAGUCAUUUAUUUUGGUACCAACUGCCCAAAUAGGAAAAAAAGUGCACUUUUUUUGCUGACUUUUUGAAAAGUGACCUAUUUGAAAAAUGAAGUGUGUACUUUUCGGUAUUUGUAAAGCAAUUUAUACAGAAGCAAGCACUCAUCACUUGAGCUGAGCGGCUGAUCUUUGGAAAUUCUCAGUAAGACUCAGCAUCUACCGCAGGAUGAGACCCAUUUCCUGCCUUCAAAUGCCUCUGUGUUGCUGCUGCAGUGUUAUAGUGUUCUCAUUGUGCUGAGUGUUUGUGAAACCUUACUUUUUUUUUUUUUUUCAGCAUCCAAACUAAGCUUAAUUGUUUCAUGUUUUAACACUUGUAUUUCAUGUUAGGUUACUUGUUUGCCAUGUGUACUUGUUUGACUCCAACAAACAGACACCAAACAGUUUUUUCAUUCAUAUUAUAGACAUAUUGGCUGUAACUGAAUAAGAAAUGUGUGAAAAUGUUUUUAUGACCAGCUGUAGUAUUAUGCACAAAUCAGAAAACUUGUGCAAAAUCGAACACUCAGUAAUAUUUAAAUCAAUAUUCCUAUCCAAUUUCAAAUGCAUAACGUGGCACUGUUGAUUUGUAUGUGUUCAGAUUUUGUUCUUGGUAUUUGUGUUAAUAUUUAUACAAGUUCUGCUUAGCUGUUAUUUCAGUUUUUAAUCAUUAUGCUUUUGAUGCCUGUGAAUUGCCUCUUGAAUGUCGUUCAAGCUAACUUUUAACAAAAUCCUCAUUUCGUGCCUCAGAGAGGAAGCUUAAGUUCUUGAGAAUCUUGUGGCGAGAACUAUGUCAUGCUAACCUCGUAUCUCUGAAACAGUCUGUACAGUCUGAAUCUUUCUGUGCUUUGUAGUGUUUUUGUAAUACAGUACAGGAUAUAAAAAGAGGAAUGGAAGCGUAUGUGAAUGGUGUGUAUUUUUCAAAUAAAGCCAUUGAAAAUCUA